ACUAAUUGUAUAAUAUUGUACUAGUGUGCAUUAGUUCAGAAGUUAUUCGGGAACGAAUAGACCUUCAAUUGUUCUUGAAAUUCUUAAAAUCGGUAUCAAAUAAAAUAUUGACAUGCGGCUGCUUUCAGUCUUCUCUUUGAACAAAUAUAGCUAGUGACAUAAUUAGAUAUUGGUCAACUUGGUAGAUGUGGUUCUGAUUUGGCCACACUGGCUUUUGUCUUUCAAAUUUCGUAACGAUACUUUGAGAAGUGGUGCUUGGAAUUUUCUUAUUUUCGGUUCCUGUAUUCCUUUGCAAAAAUCUCUUUUUUGUAUAAACAGAUUUUUGUAUAAACGUGAAAAUAUGGUGAGGACAAGAGCGGACAGGGUUCCUAGAAGAGCUGUUGGCGAGAAAUCAAGUGCGAAAAAGAAUGUAGCUGUAAAAAUUAAUACUCCUAAGAAGAAUGGCAGAGGAAGAAAAAAAUACACUAGUGGGAAUCCCUACCAUCCACGAGAAACACCACAGUGGCAGAAAUCUAUUACUUGCUUUAUGAAUUCGCCUGGGACAACUGCAGAGGCAACUGCAGACGAGGCCUCAUCAAAAGAGGAUAAUAAUCCUGAUAUUAAAGAAGAUAUAGAAGAUGAAGAUGAAGAUGAUGAAACUGACUAAAAUAGUCUCGUCAUUCAGUUUUAUAUCAUGAUAUAGUUAGAUCAUUAAUUAUUUGCAACUUUUAUUUAUUUGAACUAUAGCAUUGUUAUUUUUAUCAUAUAUUUGUUUCAUUACAAUUUCAUAUGAAUAUUUAUCGUUUUAGAGAAAAAUUGAUAUACAUCUUAAUAUGAUGAUGCAGGACAAAUUAUCAGACUAAUAUAU